ACAAAAUGGACGUAAUAGUUGAAGAACACGUCAAUCCUGACGAUUUAAAGAAAUAUGAAGCUCUGUACAGAGAUCAAGAAAGACGAGGUCCCCCAAGUGAUAAAGCUACAUUCGAUUAUGCUUGGUGUUUAGUUAGAAGUAAAUAUUUGAAAGAUAUGGAAAGGGGGACAUCUUUAUUAGAAGAUUUAUUUCACAAUACAAAAGAUGAAGGUGCUAAAAGAGAUUAUUUAUACUAUAUGGCUAUAGCAUAUACAAGAACUAAGCACUAUGAUACAGCCCUGAAAUAUACCAAAGCUAUAAAACGUAUAGAACCUAAUAAUAGACAAGCUACACAAUUAGAAAAUUAUAUUAAAGAGAAAAUGAAGAAAGAAGGCUUAAUGGGUAUGGCAAUAGUUGGUGGAGCAGCUUUAGCACUAGGUGGAAUAGUUGGACUGGGAAUAGCAGCCUUGGCCAAAAAAUGACUGGAUUAAUUGGACAGAUUUUAAUGCACUUUCUAUAUGUACAAUGUUAAUAUUCUAGAACAUGUUAUAAAACCAGUCUCACAUUUUACAAGAAACAUUAUGUAACAUUAUUUGUUUCUUUUAAAAUGACAUAAUUUAUUUUGAAAACAGUUGUAUUAAAACAGUCAAUUUAACCCAGGAAGGAUUAUUGCUAGUGAACUUAAUUGUGAUCAUGGUUCCAAUGAGAAACUAUAAUGUGGUUCAAAAAAUUUAAAGUUAGAAUUUAAUAUUCACUAAAGGAAAGUUGUAAAUGCUAUCUGCAAAACAAUUCUUUAGUUAAAUCUGUUAAUGGUUUAAAGGUGAUUUCCAAGAUCUAUGUAAAAUCCAUUGUGUAAGAGUGCUAG